UAACUUUCCUCUCCUCUCCAGAUCACUUCUAUUUUUGACCAGCAAUCUUCUGAUUGACCUUUCCUUUGCUCUGGGUGAUUGUCUUAAAAUCCUGUUAGUGUAUCCUUCAGAUAACUGCUUUGUUAAAUUCUAUGGAGUCAGAAUGAAAUCCAAGAAACUGCAAGAUAGCUGCAAUAAUGGUUUCCACGGAAUAAGAUGGAUGGCAGCUUUGACUGUGAUUGUGGUGAGCUGGAGCCACCUGAUCAUUAACUAACAGCAUCUUGUGUGAAUCAAGAGCUGCCACUUCCUUGACAAAAUAGACUAAACAAGAAAGGAAGAGGAAGAAAAAGUGCUUACUAACACCAGAGAAUGAAGCUGCUCAGGACCAGUCCAACACUGAAUGUAUCUGCACUGUGAGGAGGAGGAGGAUGUUAAUAGAAGCCUAUUACGUGCAUAUUUAUUCACAUUUUUGUUAAAUGUUAACCAACUUAGCACACUAGAGUGGAGUGCAUAGUAUGUCCAUUUCAUUCCGUUUGAUUUGCUUGUAUUUCCUUUAAUGUCUGCGGAUAUGCUGCACCUUUCUUGAACUAUGAAUGCUGCAACCUCUCUGUCUUUGCUCAGCUUGAUUUGUAGAGUGUGUAAGCUCCAAGUCUAAAUGGGACACAACCGGCCUGACUGGCUAACGAUGCAAUGAAAGUGUCAAGCGAUUGUGCAGUCAACUUGAAGCUUUUCUCCUCCUUUUCUGUAAGAUCCUUCAUAUACCAGUGGAAGCAUCUUUACAUAUUUGUAGAAGCUUAAGAGGGAAAAACAACAGAGAAAUUGCAAAAUGGCAGAGAAGUUCGAAAGCCUCAUGAACAUUCAUGGUUUUGAUCUGGGUUCUCGGUAUAUGGACUUAAAACCAUUGGGCUGUGGCGGCAAUGGCUUAGUUUUUUCUGCUGUUGAUAAUGACUGUGACAAAAGAGUGGCUGUCAAGAAAAUUGUCCUCACAGAUCCUCAGAGUGUCAAACAUGCUCUGCGUGAGAUCAAAAUUAUUAGAAGACUUGACCAUGAUAACAUUGUCAAGGUGUUUGAAAUCCUUGGUCCCAAUGGGAGCCAAUUAACAGAUGAUGUAGGCUCUCUUACCGAACUGAACUGUGUUUACAUUGUUCAAGAAUACAUGGAGACAGAUUUGGCUAACCUGCUGGAGCAGGGACCCUUGCUGGAAGAACAUGCCAGGCUCUUCAUGUACCAGCUGCUACGUGGGCUCAAAUAUAUUCAUUCUGCAAACGUUCUGCACAGAGAUCUGAAACCAGCUAACCUGUUCAUUAAUACAGAAGACUUGGUGCUGAAAAUUGGCGACUUUGGUCUUGCACGAAUUAUGGAUCCUCAUUAUUCCCAUAAGGGCCAUCUUUCUGAAGGAUUGGUAACUAAAUGGUACAGAUCACCUCGCCUCUUGCUAUCUCCCAACAACUACACUAAAGCCAUUGAUAUGUGGGCUGCAGGUUGCAUCUUUGCUGAAAUGCUGACAGGGAAAACUCUCUUUGCAGGCGCACAUGAACUUGAACAGAUGCAGCUGAUUCUAGAAUCGAUUCCUGUUGUGCACGAGGAAGAUCGUCAGGAACUUCUUACCGUCAUCCCAGUUUACAUUAAAAACGACAUGACUGAGCCACACAAACCUUUAACUGAGCUGCUCCCAGGCAUUAGCCCUGAAGCACUGGAUUUCCUGAAGAAAAUACUGACGUUUAGUCCCAUGGAUAGAUUGACAGCAGAAGAAGCUUUGUCACAUCCUUAUAUGAGUAUUUAUUCCUACCCAACCGAUGAGCCUAUCUCAAGUCAUCCUUUUCACAUUGAAGAUGAGGUGGACGAUAUUCUGCUCAUGGAUGACAGUCACAGCCACAUCUAUAACUGGGAAAGAUACCAUGAAAGUCAGUUUUCAGACCACGACUGGCCUGUUCAUAAUAACUUUGAAGCUGAUGAAGUUCAGCGUGAUCCAAGGGCUCUUUCUGAUGGGACUGAUGAGGAAGAAGUACAAGUAGAUCCUCGUAAAUAUUUGGAUGGCGACCGUGAAAAGUAUCUGGAGGAUCCAGCUUUUGAUACCCACUUCUCUACUGAGCCUUGCUGGCAAUAUCCAGAUCACCAUGAAAACAAGUAUUGUGAUCUGGAAUGUAGCCACACUUGUAAUUACAAAAUGAGGUCCUCUUCAUACCUAGAUAACUUAGUCUGGAGGGAGAGUGAAGUGAACCAUUACUAUGAGCCCAAGCUUAUAAUAGAUCUUUCUAACUGGAAGGAGCAGAAUAAAGAAAAAUCAGACAAAAAGGGCAAGUCAAAAUGUGAAAGGAAUGGAUUGGUGAAGGCUCAGAUAGCUCUUGAGGAAGCCUCACAGCAGUUUGCAGAAAAGGAGAGGGAGAAGAAUCAAGGGUUUGACUUUGAUUCAUUUAUAGCAGGAACUAUUCAGCUUAGUUUGCAACACGAGUCGACUGAGAUUGUUGAUAAACUGAAUGAUCUGAAUAGCUCCGUGUCCCACCUGGAACAGAAAGGCAUAUCCAAGUCGGUAAGCAGAGAGAAACAGGAGAAAGGCAUGGCAAAUUUAGCCCAGUUGGAAGCACUGUACCAAAACUCGUGGGAUAGCCAGCUUGUAAGUAGUGGGGAGGAGUGCUUCCUCAUAGACCAGUUUUGUUGCGAAGUCAGGAAGGAUGAGCAGAUGGAGAAGGAGAAUCCAUACACCAGUUACCUGGACAGAUUUUUUAGCAAGAAAGAAGAUACUGAAGUGCUAGAAACUGAGCCAACUGAAGAUGGGAAGCUUGGGGAGAAGGAGAGAGAGGGAAGCUUUAUCAGCAAUAGUGGGGAAUUUCUCCUUAAUAAGCACCUCGAAGCUAUAGGUAUUCCACGGUUUCACAGCCCUGUUGGCUCACCACUUAAAUCAAUACAGGCCACACUAACGCCUUCUGCUAUGAAAUCAUCUCCUCAGAUUCCCCAUAAAACCUACAGCAGCAUUCUGAAACACCUAAACUAAAAAGCAGCAGACAUUUCUUUUUAUAUUCAUGAAAUGUGUGUUCUUUUUUUAAUUGUAAACUUUUUUUUUUUUACUUGAAAUCGGAUAAUGUAACUUUGGUAUGGAUUUCCUUAGUUUUCUGUUUACCAUUGUUUUUACAAUCCAGAAUUACUUUCUUUACAUGACAAUUUUUUUUAUAACCGGUAUGUCGUUUGCACACACAGGUAAAGAACAGCCAAACAAUGCAAAUUGCAGGAGGAAACAUGAAAAUGCACUAAACCAGGGGCUCUCAAACUUGAGUCCCCAGAUGUUGGUGGACUGCAACUCCCAUCAGCCCCACCCACAGUAGCGGAGGCUCAUGGGAGUUGUAGUCCACCAACAUCUGGAAACCCAAGUUAGAAAGCCCCUGCAUUAAACAAAGUAGAAACACUCUGUUUUAAACAGUUGUCCGUGUUUUGCAGAAGAAAAAUAAGAACCUUGCCUUGAAAAUUACACAGUGAGACUAUACAUAUUUGCAUGAAAAUAUCUAUUUUUCCCUGAAACAUUUUUUCAUUCAUAUGUAUUUUAGAACUUUUCAUACUGUACACAUUUCUUAGACACAUGAUACCAGCAGCAACUGAAAAUGAAUGCAGAAUUUGGUACGCAUGUGUUAUCUACCUCAAGGUAACAGCAGUAUGUGGCAAACCAUUAACCACCCCUAGUGCUUUUUCAUAAUGCACUUCUAUUUAGCCAGCAUUAUUGUAGUAGGUGGUAUUAUGGAAAAAAUCAUUCAAUAUUUAUAAAUAUUCCGGUAUGCAUUCUUUAUAGUGGAAAUGUUAAUAUGCAGCAUUUUUAUUUAUUUUAGCAGAUUAUAUUUUCUGUAAUGAUAGAAAGUCAACUUAAAAAUUUUUGAACUUGCUUUACAGAUAAAGUUCUUGUUAGCACUAUGGUUUAUUGCCGACAUAGCUGAGAUAGAGAUGAAAUAACAUCCCCCUUAUUCUGAGGUGAUCCUUAUGAGUUUUUUUUUAAUGAGACUUCACUUCAAAUAAGGCACUCACUGUGUAUAGGAAUUUGCAAUUUGGAGGUGCUUGAUCUCUCUACAAAGAAAUUAGGAAUUGUUUUAUUAUAAAAUGCUCCUAGAAGUCUUAAUUGUGUGUUAAUUUUUUAAGAAACUUUUGUAAUGUUAGUUGUGUGCAUGGAAACGAUUAAGGUACAACAUUACUGUAGGUUAAAAGUUCUAUAUGUCGGGCAUUUUGUUUUUACUGAAUGAUGCCAUUGUUCCAUCCCCCAAGCAAGCAUGAGUAUAAUUAGGUUAAAUGUAGCAUGUAGCAUCUCAGUCUCCUGACAGUUUGUUUUGCCUUCUGGGUUUUUUUUAUGGGAAACUAUGUAUCAUUGGCUCCCCUGUUUAAAGAAAGAAACAAAUAAAACAUGGCCAGCGAAAAUGA